AUGUUGGCAACCAGAACAAGAGGGACACUGUUCCAACUAGCCAAACGUUUUGUCAGCACGUCCUCGUGUCUUUGCGGACGAAAGUCUAGAGUACCCUUUGAUAAACGAUUCCCUGUCUUCCCGGACGAUGUGGCGCCAGGAAAACCCGGAGGCAGCGAGGAAAUGAUGAAGCUUCUGCCCGAAGAGCUCCGUGCCCCGACUGGUAUAAAUGACGCAGUCACAGGGGAAUACAUCCAUAUACCAGAAAUGGUGCCAGAGUUUGUUGUGCCAGAUUUAACCGGAUUUGAGUUGAAAGCAUACGUGUCAUAUAAAGCUAAAGAAAUCAACCAGAGUGCACUGACACCUCAUGACAUUUUCAACGCAGUUUAUGCCAGAGACGUGGAAGAUGACUUGCGAGAGGGGAAACUAGAAGUGACCGACGACGGACAGAUCAAGUGUAAAGAUGGCAGAGUUUUAAAUAUUGACCAGUUUGAAGCAUCUGACAGUUCACGUAGAUAA